AUGUCCUGUAUGUACCAGUACCCCAUACUGGUAUCCCACACCAGUACCUCACAUCAUUACCCCACACCAGUACCCCACACUGGUACCCCAUACCGGUACCCCACACUGCCAUCCCUGCCCUUGGCUGUGCCAGACGGGCCAGCUCAGCAUGGAGUUUCCAUUCCAGGUGCUCUGGGGAACCGCAGGGCUCAGGGGCAGAGCUUUGGGAACCUGGCGUUCGCCUGCAGCCAGCUGGGGAAGCACAGGGAUGCUGCCGAGAGCUACCUGCACGCCCUGCAGGCCUUCAGGGACUCGGGGGACUUGCAGGGGCAGUGGCAAGCGUGUGAGGGGCUGGGGGCAGCGUGCUUGCACCUGGGAGACCCCCAGAGAGCCAUCGGGCACUAUCAGGAGGCCCUGGUUUUGCUUUCCCGCUGUCAGGACAGCCCCAGAGCUGCCCACAAACGGGUGGUGCACAAGCUCACAGAUGCCAUCCAGCACCGACUCCACCUCAGCAACCUCUCCUACCCCAACCCAGGCCUGGAGCCCAGCCAGCUGCAGUUUUGCUCCACACUGCCCCGUGCCAGUAGGACACAGCUCCAGGGGAGCAAGGUGGGGAAAGCCCAGGCUGAGGACGAGCUGUACUGGUGUACACCAGGAGCACAUCCCAGGUAUUCAGGCACAAGAGUGGCCCUGACUGGUGGUCUCACACUGGAGCCUUGCAACCCAAGUGGCCUCCUGGGCACCUCUGGGGAGGAUGAUGAUGGUCCCAGCUCAGCCUCAGGCUAUCACAGUGAGCCCCAGGCUAACAGCACGAGGACCACCAGCCCCCUGCCCCCGGCCAAGCCGCCCCAUGCCAGCCCCCAGCUCCGUAAGUACCACAGACCAGCAGAACAUCAAUCCUGCAGUGAGCCCAGGCCUGAGGGUCUCACACUGCAUCCCACAGGGCACCAAAAACACCAAACCCUCCAUCAGAGGCCUCCAGAGAGGUAGGCAAUGCCUUGGGGGAGUGGGCAAGGGAGGUUUGGGUUCCAGAGGGGAGGGCUCAUGAGUGGAACCUCAUGAACCCAGCAGAGCUGUUUCUUGGAAUGGACACGAUCCCAAGCCAAAAGUCACAGGGGCUGGGGUAUUGGUACCUCAUAGCCCACACCAAAACCGUGCCCUAUGGAUGGGACAGCAGAUCUGAGGGUGGUUUCCAGUCCCCUGGUAUGAACCUCUUGCUCAUUCCUGCCUUCCAGUGCUUAAAGAGGCUCCAACAGGGCUGGAGAGGGACUUUGGACAAGGGCUGGUGGAACAGGAUAAGGGGGAA